AUGAAUUUCUCUCUGCUCCUCUGGUCUCUUGUCCUGUGGAUGAACAUGGAUGAUUAUUUGUCACAGAUUGUACCAUGGGAUUGUGCAAGUCCACCACCACUUGAACAUGGUGACAUCACAUCCACUGUGAAGCCGAUUUACAGCGAGGAUGAGACCGUUGAAUACAGCUGUCAUAAGAACUACACUCUGGACGGUCAGACCAUUAAAACCUGCAGCAAUGGUGAAUGGAUUGGAGAGAUGAGAUGCCUCCUUCCACCUGCUGACACCCUGGGGUGA